AUUGCUCUCCGUUCUCUGGUGAUGUCACCGCCAUCAGUAUUUGUAUUGUUUUGGCGGGGUUUGUUUCUGUAUGUUCGUUGCCAAUUCAGCCCUUAUGUUUAUUUCUGUAUAGCUACGUUUCCACCUACGAAAUAUGGAGCGUGGAAGGAGUGGAAGGAUGAGUCGAGCAACAAGCAGCAGACUAUCAGAGCUGCCUUUGCGAGUGCAAGACAACAACAGGAUGAGCAUGGCGUAUGCAACGCCCCAGAAUAAACAGCCUUUAUUUGGAAAGCUCAACAUACCAAAACCACAGUCUGUGACCUCUGAAAGGCGGACCAGCUUCUUUGGUGCCCGGACUAGUGGAGCCAGCAUGCCUCGCAACAGCAUCAUGUCAAGGUUUGGAGGAACUGAGAAGAUCAAAGAUAGCAGACCUCUGCAUGAUAAGUCCUAUGUUCAGCAGUGUAUCAGACAGCUGCACGAGUUCUUGACAGAGCACGCUUACCCAGGCACUUUGUCAGCCAAGACUCUCCAGUCUCCCUCUACCAAGGAGUUUGUGAAGAUACUGGAGUUUAUCUACCGCCAGAUAGACCCAACCUUUGAGAUGCCAAGCUCAAAAGUUGAGGAGGAGGUUCCAGCUAUCUUAAAAUCCCUGAGGUAUCCAUUUGUGCUCUCCAAGUGUUCAAUGUAUUCUGUUGGAGCUCCCCAUACCUGGCCUCAGGCACUGGGUGCUCUCAUGUGGCUUAUUGAUAAUGUCAAGAUCACCUGGAGUUUGACUAAGCAAGAGCUUCCAUUCAGCGAUUUCUGUGAAGACGGUGUCGAUGUUGAGGAAGGGAAGCUCCUCAUGGCCCACACAGUUGACACGUACUCUAAGUUCAUGCAGGGUGAUGACACAUUUGAGGAUGAGGAUGAAGUACACCUCACUAAAAUAAAGAAGCUUCUGAAAGUUGAUGAAGCCCUGCUCGCCUCGGAGGAGAAAAAGCACAGCAUUCUUAGUGGAGAGGUUGAACGAUUGGAGAAGGAGAGUCAGACGGACCGUCUAAUAACCAAGAGGAUGGAAAAAAUGCAGCUGCAGACAGACCUCAAGAAAAUCCAGAGUUAUCGAAGCAACCUGAAGUCCUUUAAAGCCAACCAGGAAAACAAAGUCUCAGAACUGAAUGAUGAGCUGGAGACCAAUGCAAAUCUUCUGGAGUGUCUGAAACAUGAACAGGGUGGACUGCAACAUCUCCUGGAGAACCAGAAGUUGACUCCAGCUGAUGUAGAGAGGAUAAACAGAGAGAAGCGGGAGCUCCAACAGAUCAUAUCCAGUCUUAGCAAGUCUCUUGAAGAUGCUGAACGGCACAAGUGGAAUGAAGAGAUUGCUCUGGCCAAAGUGAAAGAGAAGGUGGAUUUGAAAAUAGGGGACUAUCAGAAGUUGGCACGUAAACUGAAGCUGAUACCACAGUCUGCAGAGAACGCCUGUGGUCACGACUUUGAGAUCAGUUCUUAUGAUUAUGGAUCAGGCAGCAUGGUUCAGCAUAAAAUGCCAAUACAGGUGGUGCUCAGGAAGUUGAUCAGUGAUGUGGAGGAAGAGAACAGUCGAUUAGUCAACAUGAAUCUGAGCGCGGAAGAGGCUUAUGAACAGUUCAAAUCUAACAUCUUAGACAAGUCCAAUGAUCUGAAGCAGUUAAAGGAGCAGAUUCGCAAAGUGGAUGAACGACUGGAUUCCAACAUGCAGGAGUUGGCCCGUGAGGAACAGGAAUGGGCAGCAGAGAUGGAAUCUGUGGAUAACUACCAUGAACUUCUGGAGAAGAAAAUUAAUCUUGGUUACGAUGAGGCUGUGCAACAACUGAAGGCAGCGCAACAGCAGUACCACCUGGUGCUGCAGGAGACCAAUGAGGAGAGGCGAACGGUAGCCAACAACCUGGCAUCUGUGUUUGCCACAGCUGCUAAUCACUUGACAGUUACAGAGAAGAGCCAGGAGGAUCUCUACAGCAAAGUGCAGCGUGUUUGCUCUAAGGCUGUUGCAGAUGAUGCGGCUGCUAUUCAGAAGAUGCAGGAAACUUUGGAGAGCUUCAGACUCAAGGCAAACAGUUUGUAAAGAGAGCCAGCAGGGUGGAGGUGUCCACAGGUGGAGAUAAUUUCAGGGGCUAUAGGAGUGUGUGGGACGUGCCCCUGUCAUUUGUGUUUAUAGUUUGCUUUUGUCUUUGACAGUAAAAUUUAGAUUUUCAUUCACUUGUUCUAAAAUUUGAAAAUGUGUGACUUACAACCUUAGAUAAACAAAAUUACAAUAGAAAUGUAAAACAUAAUAAAAUAAAAGUUUAAAAAAAAUGUUACGCUGUCACAGAUUCAUAGUAAAUCUAGUGGUUGCAUGAACAUGGAGGCUUUUACAUUAA